AUGAGGAAGAACGACGAAAUAGCGUCUGCACGCCCCAGACCUCUCGCCCUCUCUCCCGCUCUGCCGGCGCGCGACGGAGCUGCGCUACGCGCGCCGUCAAGCAGCGACUCUAGCCGCACGUCGCGCUGCAGCCGCGCUGCAUUAGCGCGUCUGGCCCAUGCCCCUACCGAAUCAGUUAUUGCUCCGGUAUCGUCGAACACUACUCCCAACCCCUAUAUCCAAGAAACCACACAGCCCCAAGAUAAAGUCACAAUCAUACGACGGAAGCGCCCUAGAACAAAACGCCGACCGGCGGAAACACCACCGUGCAUCGGGGUAGAGCCGAUAUGGAGAGGAGUGCGGAGCGCGGCGGGGACGCAGCAGAGAGCACCCGCGCGCAGCCGCCCGGAGCCCCCCGCUAGAAAUCCGCGCGCGACGGCUCGCGUGCGACUGCGUGCCUCGUCCCACCCGACCAGCCCGAGCCCCACCCGUGAGCACAGCCUGCCGCGACCAGGCCCCCGCAUCCUCCCGCGGAUACACACGAGAAAACGAGCAGCCCGAGCUCCCGAGCGGCCGCGACCGCACCCCCACGCCCCGCAAGCCGACAUAGAAACACUAGAUUUCCCUGCCGAUCGACCGAUGGCUCUGAGCUCCUGCACCCAGAUUUCGCUAUAUCCCAUUCCUAUUUCCAGGCGUAGAGGAACCACUGACCGCCAGUCUCUGACCCCCCCCCCCUCCGUCACCCCCGGCGGAGUUCAGAUCCCCUAG